AUGUCCUUCGGCUUCGGAAUCGGCGAUAUAAUCGCCUGCUCGGAGGUAGCAUGGAAGACCAUCAACGCCCUCAAGUCUGCGGGCUCAGAUUUCGAGGGCCUGCGCCUCGACCUCGCCAGCCUCACGUCGGUCCUGCAGGCCCUCGAGGCCGAGGCUAAGGGGCCGAUGCCACUGAUCAAGACGGCGAGCAUGGAGCGGCAGAACCAGAUGCGCCUCCUGCUGCACAACUGCACCGAGAGCAUGAAGGAACUGCAGGGCGUCGUCGGCAAGUAUAGCGGCUGGGGCGCCGACAAGAAGAAGGACUUCGUGGCAUGGAUGAAGUUCGCGGCCAAGGACAAGCGGGGACCGCGGGAGAAGCUGGCCAUCCACACGGCGAGCAUCAACAUAUUCUUGACGACCUUGAGCCAUGGAUCGCUUGCGAGACUGGAGUUUCUGAUCAAGAACGGGUCACAAGCAGCCCACCAAGGGCCUGUCCCGGAUGGUUCAAAAGGCCUGGAUUUCUCCGCUACUGGGGCGCCUUGGAGUGGGUCGCAUGCACAUUCCAAGAGAAAAGAUGUAGUCGUUUGGCAAGAAAUUGGCAGGUCACUACAAGGCGAGGGCAUCGCCGACGAGGACAUAGAAGCUUUCCAAGAGGAGAUCAAGGCGUAUGCACGAUAUUUGGUCCGCGGGGAGACCCCGUUUUGGAGAGAACCCGUCUCGAAAUCUCGCAGCCACGAGGUGCAUCAGGUGGUGGAAUUAACGCCCUCGGCCCUCAGAAGCUCCAACAGCCUCAGAUACGAAGAGGAAGUCAAAAGACUAGUGUUGAGGGACGAGAUCAAACAGGCUCGUCAGACGCAACGCCUCGAUGCAGCCGUGCUGACGGAUUUGGAUUCUGAGAUGAGGAAGGCGAAGAUCAGGGAGGAGGAAUAUAUGAGACGUCGUAAGGAAGAAAGCAUGGAAAAGGAGCACAGGCAGGAGGAGGUUGAGAAGAAAUCCAAGGCCUCUGAGGAAGAGGAUGUUGUGUCUUUGGCCUACAAAUUUGAAAGUCUCUUCGACUUCGAAGCAGAACUCACACAAGCGGCACCAGAGGCACCAGAUUACCAAACAGAGACUGCUCAGUCAACAAGCGCUACAGAUGACGAUGGCAGAAAAUAUGGACAAGAGAGGCGCGAUGCACGGGUAUACGAGAUUCAGAGGAGGAUUGGGAAACUCGUGGACAGGCGUGAACGGUACAUCGAAGAGGGGAGGAGGGAUAAGAUGGCAGACCUCGAGGUCAACGACAUCCCCGACCAGGUGAAGCUGUUACAGCUGGAGGGGGUGGCCGUCUCCCACGCGAGGGCCUGGAAGUGGGAUCACUGGUGUGAUGUCUGCAACUUCCGCAUUCCAGGCGACCGCUAUCACUGCACACAGUGUCGAGGCGGGAAUUGGGAUGCGUGUCAGGAGUGCUGGGACAAGGGGGCAAGAUGCAGUGGUCGUGGGCAGCACAAGAUUACCCUUACUGGAAGGAGUGUUGCCUGA